GACAAAUUCUACCCAUCGGAUUCCCAUAUACUGCAAGAACAAAUGAAGGAAAUGCAGGAAUUCUUCCAGUUGACUGUAACUGGGAAGAUAGAUGCUGAAACAAGAAAGUUAAUGGAGCAGCCUCGGUGUGGAGUCCCAGAUGUGGCAGAAUUUCGUAUAGGCCCACAAAUAUGGAACAAGAAAGCACUGACUUACAGGAUUAAUAAUUAUACUCCGGACCUGCCUAGAUUCAAAGUGGUUGAAAUCAUUCAAAAGGCAUUCAAUGUAUGGAGUGAAGUGACCCCGUUGACAUUCCACAGAGUUUAUACACCUGCAGAUAUUGAAAUUUGGUUUGCAUAUUAUGCCCAUGGUGACAGUAAAGCUUUUGAUGGAAGAGGAGGAGCUUUGGCUCAUGCUUUUUCUCCUGCAAAUGGAGGAGAUGCCCACUUUGAUGAGAGUGAGCAUUGGUCAGAAGUCAACAAAGAAAUCAACCUCUUCCUUGUUGCUGCACAUGAAUUUGGUCAUUCCUUGGGGCUGGGACAUUCAAAUGUCAAGGGUGCCUUGAUGUACCCUACCUAUUCAUAUGUGAACCCAAAGACCUUCCGUCUACCUGCAGAUGAUAAGCGAAGGAUUCAGCGCUUAUACGAUACAAAAGAACUGUCGGUGGAGGCACAGAAGCAUUCUUACAGGGCAGCUGAUCCACUGCCACAUAUCAGAGCCUCAGCAGAAGAGAUCCUGUACACAAACACCCCAAGUCACUCAUCUCACUCACAGCAGAAAUAUCUGCUUCUGGGUCAGACAGGAAUUGAUUGUGAAGUAAUGGUCUAA